UUGUGCUGCCGGUAUGGUGAAGCAGGAGCCUGCUGGGGCGUCGGCGCUGGCGGCGGGGGGGGAGGCCGCUGCUGCCACCGCCGGGGUGAGGCUGUCCCGGCGUCGCUGGAUCGUGUUGCUGCUGUUCAGCAGCUACUCCCUAUGCAACGCUUUCCAGUGGAUCCAGUACGGCAGCAUCAACAACAUCUUUGCGCGCUUCUAUGGAGUGAGUGCCUUCGCCAUCGACUGGCUGUCCAUGAGCUACAUGCUCACCUACAUCCCCCUGCUCUUCCCUGUCGCCUGGCUGCUGGACAAGAGGGGCCUGCGCCUCAUCGCCCUGGCAGGCUCGGCCCUCAAUGCCCUGGGUGCCUGGGUGAAGCUGGGCAGCCUGAAGCCGCACCUCUUCCCCAUCACCGUCCUGGGGCAGGUCAUCUGCUCCCUGUCCCAGGUCUUCAUCCUGGGCAUGCCCUCACGCAUCGCCUCCGUCUGGUUUGGCUCCCGUGAGGUCUCCACUGCCUGCUCCAUCGCUGUCUUUGGGAACCAGCUUGGCAUCGCUGUGGGCUUUCUGGUCCCUCCAGUUCUGGUUCCCAAUGUGGAUGAUGCAGAGAAGCUGGCCUACCACAUCAGCAUCAUGUUCUUCAUGACUGCAGGUGUAGCAACAGCCCUAUUCAUCUUGGUCGUCAUAGUCUUCAAGGAGAAGCCUCUGCACCCUCCAAGCCGAGCUCAGGCCUUGGUCCAGUCAAGACCGACAGAGGAGUAUUCCUACAUGCAAUCAAUCCUCCGUCUGUUCCUCAAUGCCAACUUCGUGCUACUUAUGGUCACCUACGGUCUGAAUACAGGUUGCUUCUACGCCCUGUCCACUCUGCUGAACCGCAUGGUGAUCCUUCACUACCCAAGGGAGGAGGUGAAUGCUGGCAGGAUUGGACUCACCAUUAUACUGUCGGGUAUGGCUGGGGCUCUGAUCUCUGGCAUCUGGUUGGACAGAACCAAAACCUACAAACAGACAACACUUGUCGUCUAUAUCAUGUCUCUUGUGGGAAUGAUAGCCUACACCUUCACUCUGAGCUUAGGCCACCUCUGGGUGGUCUUUGUGACUGCAGGCAUGCUGGGGUUUUUUAUGACGGGAUACCUUCCCCUGGGCUUUGAGUUUGCUGCAGAGUUGACAUACCCAGAAUCAGAAGGAACAUCAUCAGGGCUCCUUAAUGUCUCGGCACAGAUUUUUGGUAUUGCCUUCACCAUUGGCCAAGGGCAAAUCAUGGAUCACGUUGGGACAAAGGCAGGAAACCUAUUUCUUUGUGCCUUCCUGUUACUGGGAACCAUUAUGACAGCAUUCAUUAAGGCUGAUCUCCAAAGACAGCAGGCCAAUUUGGAUAACGAACAGACAAGACUCCAAGGCAGCAAUCAGAUCAUGGAUUAUGGGACUGUAGCCUGUAACCCUAACUCCAUCAAUUCCCAUUCCUGCUCACUAGCUCAUACACAAAGCGCUGUGACUCCCAGCUGUGAGGGCAGCCUUCCUUUCCGGAGGUGGUGGAGCCCUGAGGCAGGCUGUUCUCCUAAAACCUCUCUUCCUGUAGCUCCUCAGCAGAAAGUGAUGCCAGAAGCCUGCACUGAUGCCAUAGUCCUUGAGGAAUCAAAGCUGUGAAUGGAGGGGUGGCUCCAUUCAGGGGAAUGCAGUCCCCCUCAUUCCCAUGUUUGCUACCAAACCCAUCCUCCUGUUACAUGCACACCAUGGAAGGAGCUGUGGGGGAGUGGGGGGGAAGCCUCAGGAUAGGAGCCCAGUGAAGAGUGUGAAAGAGCAAAACAAGAAGGUAGUUGCUCUCUUCAGUUACAUGUCUGCAUGCUGCUCUUCUAGAGACUUCCCUGCUUGGGAAGAAAAGUUGGGAAAACCCACUGUUUUCCCCCCUACUCCAACGUGUAUGCUUGAAAAAGCAGAGCUGAGAAUAGGUCCAGGCUAUCCCUGAGAACAUGAGGGUGGCACCCUGGAUGUGUCUGUCUUUCCUCUCACAGGCAAGCUGUGAUGAAGUGUGGAAGCGGGACGAUGCUUGCUCUGUGAGCAGCCCUAGAAAAGCUUUCAGCUGUCUCUCAGGAUGAGGGAUUGCUCUGCUUUGGUACCUGUGAUGCUCUGUGUUGCACAGGUGAUGGUAGAGGCCUCAGCACAUCACCAGCAAGUGCUGGCUCUGGUUUUAUUACGUGGCUGUCCCAGAUGAAAUACUCUCGUGGAUAAACCUCUGCCUGGAAUUCACUGAGGUUGCCCUGAUGUUCCUAUAUGUUAGGAAUAAUUGAGAGACACCAAUCCUCCUGCCUCGAGGCAAGGACUAGUUCUGCAGCUUAUGUUGAAGCUGUAGCCUAAGCCUAGUUCAUCACUACACUAGCCACAGGAAUGAGUCAAACCACAAGCUCCCUGGGCUGAGGACUUUGUCCUUAAUGAUAAAGUGCCUUUUGCAUGUUUCAGUGCUACAAACUUUUGUGAAGUGUUAUAUUGAGAUAACCAGCCAAGGGUGAGUAUGAUUGAAAUCCAGAUCUGCUCCAGUAUGGAAGCUUCCCACUUUGUAAUAAGAGAACAGGAGAAGCCCUCUUACCAGCAUUUGUGUCUCAUAAAACACUGCCACUUUGUAUGCUGCUGUUUCUCUUAAUACAAAUAUAGAUCCUCCUUCUUUUCUAGCAUUCCUCCACUGGUGGAGACAUCAAGUGUCCUUAUACUCCUUAAAUCAAAAGCCACAACCAGGUGGAACAGAUCAAAAUAGUCCUCUCUGACAUACCAUUUUUGACAAAUUUCUAUUUUGUGUGUGGGUGUGAAACUGCAGUCUUUGACACGUGAAAAGAUUCAAUUCCUAUUUCAUAGUUUGGGAUUGAGGGUGAGGGUCUAAAAUGGCUUUUUAAUAGAAGUGUUUAUAUAUAUAUAAAAACAU